CUCGCGGGGAGAUGCAGCCGGGCCCACCCUUGCCUGAAGUUCCCAACCGAGGCAUAAGCUGCAACAGGCCCGAGGAAAAUGCAGUACCUGGAAACUAGGUAUUUAUUGCACAAUCAAGAGCUUCUGGAAGCCAUCGAGAUGUCGAAGAUGAAGAGCUUACACGAAUCUUCGUUAUGAUACCAAAGUCCUAUACAGAGGAAGAUCUACGUGAGAAGUUUAAGAUGUAUGGAGACAUUGAAUAUUGCAGCAUUAUUAAAAACAAGACUACUGGAGAAAGUAAAGGUUUGGGCUAUGUGAGGUAUUUAAAACCAUCGCAAGCUGCCCGAGCAAUUGAAGAGUGUGAUCGAAGCUACAGGGCCAUUUUGGCUGAACCUAAAAAUAAGUCAUCUGAGCCUUUUGAACAUGAUUAUUAUAGCAAUAACACAAGGCAAGAACCAAGAGGAAAUGCACUUCCAUUUUGUGGACAGCCAGAGUUUUGUGGCUUUGAAAAAAAUGAGAGCAGAAUUCAAGAGUCAGUCUCCAAACGUCUGUCAGUGGUAUCACGGCUUCCCUUUAUCCAAGAGCAGCUGUUUGCCCUCUUUGAUAUAGUUCCAGGACUGGAAUACUGUGAUGUUCAGAGAGAUCCUCAUACCAAUAGUGGAUACGCUGUGAUUCAGUACAGUACUGCUGCAUCAGCUAUAUAUGCCAAGUAUAAAUUACAUGGGUUUGAGUAUCCUCCUGGAAAUCGAUUAACUGUCAUUUUUCUAGAAGAUGGGAGUGAUAGCUCAGACCUCAUCAGAAAAAUGGCAACUCAGCUGGUAACAGCACAUGUGUCAUCAGUGUUGCGGAAUAACAGUGCAGUUGUUCAACAAUAUAGGACACCUUCUCAGGCAUUUGGAGGAACUUCUGGGUCACAGUUACUUCAACCCCAAACAGAUGCCAUACUUCCACCACACAAAAAAAAGGUUCCACCUGACACUUCUGUGAAGGAAAGGCUUUUCAUACUCUUUCAUCCCCACCCUUUACCUGUAAAUGUAUUGGAGGAUGUGUUCUGUCGUUUUGGACACUUGAUAAAAGUUUACCUUGUGGCUGGAAAAAAUGUGGGCUAUGCAAAAUUUGCAGACAGAGCAAGUGCCAGUGAUGCCAUAACUGCGUUACAUGGCAAGAUUGUGAAUGGUGUCAGGCUUAAAGUAAGGUUGGCAGACUCGCCUACAGAAGAAUCUAACAAACGACAGAGAACUUACUGAUCAGAGGAGGAAGUGAGAAGGUAUGAGGAAAUACCUCCAGUUUACGCCUUAGAUGCAGUUCUUGAUGACUCACCAACGGCUUCUUUCCCAAGAACAGUUGUUUCAUUCAGCACAAAGAAUAAAAUUGAAUCAGGGCUGUAUGGUUAAAGCAGGCUGUAAAAUUCCUGCUUAUUUUGUUGUAGAUGUUAGAAAUUACAUAGUGAACAAAACAGAUUUAUGGUUGAGCCUGGAGAAUUGGAUCCUGUCUAUUAACUCCUGAGGGAUUGAUUGUGAGGUGGGGUUUGCGGUUUCUCCAGGAUUCCUCUGGAAAAGUCCUGUUUGUUUGUAGUUAUUUUGCUUUUUGUUUACCUUGUUCUCACUACAAAUUCUGAACAGGAUUUGGGGCUUUCCUGUAUUUGCUCUGGGGAAAUGAUUUUGACCAGGUUGCUGUGGAUCCAAAACUCCAGAACCAUCAAGCAGCACCUUUGCAGCCUACCGUGUACUUGUGCAGUGAGUCCAGUAUUUUUAGAAAGCAUCAGUCCUAUUGUGCAGACAUGACAGAGACCCCAUGCUUGUGUAGCUGGUCUGACACGUGCUGCUGAACUUGUUCAUGGCGUGGUGUACCUGCGUGUUAGGAAUAAGCUAAAACACAGCCUACCAGGUGUGAGGUACUGUGCCAGCUCGAGUAUCCUUUGUUUAUGUGCAGAUCUUUUACCAUCUUUAUCUGUCUUCACUGAAAAGAGUGCUUUAAAGUAUAGGGUCAAAAUGGCUGUGUUGUUUAGGUGCCAUGUGAAAUGCUGAGAAUUUCUUCAGUCGCUUGAAAAAAGAAAAACUCAUUUACAUGUUUGAACCGACCUGUUUGAUCAGUCUCUCCUAUGUCAAGAUCCCCAGUCUAAUGUGGAUGCUUGUAUGUUGAGGUGAUGUAAACAUCCCCAGCAAUGUAAACGAACACUCAAAAAUGAAGUAACUGGUGUCUGAACUUGGUCAUCCAAGAUGGAAAAGAAGAACCAUCUGUUAGAAUCAUUCUAACAGCUACACACAGGAACAUUCAACACAUACAGAGGACUGAAAGACACCCUUUACAUCUUGACUUAAUGUUACAAAGUAGGGGGAACAGUGCUGUUCUCUAAUUGUUCUUAAUUCUGUUUCUAUUACUGCACGUUGGUAUAGUGGGCCACUGCACUCCCCCGGGUGUGGAAGAUCAGUGCUCUGUAUGUAGUCCUGCUUCAGGCUGCAGAGCUCACUUGCCUGCUUGUUCGUGUGAGAGACUGAAAUGUCAUAUGCCUGUCUCAAAGCUUGCUUGUGUCUGUGCAAACCUCCAAGAGAAGCUGCUGCAGCUGGUGAAUUGGUCUGGGGAAUGUCGCCCAGGAAAGCGGGAGUGUAUUGAAGGAUGCACCCCCCCCACUUCCUAGUGGUUGCAUUGUCGAACUCCUUGGAUACACCUCAGAGGGGCAGAAGUUUACUGAGCUGACCCCAUCCUGGAGCCAUUUGUGGCUCUUGUGUAGGCCAGACCCCAUGCCUGCAUUGCUAAUGAACUGACAAGAGGCAAACAUUUCUACCCAGAAGCUGGAUGCAACAAAACCUGUGGGACCAGAGGGAAAAAAAAACCUUAAAUGUGGGCAGAUAGGAUAAGCAGCAGUUACGAUUAACUUAAAAAGGCAACUGAAAACUUUGCUCGGUGUGCAUCUACCAUCGAAACCAGAUCCGUGUGCAUCCACCACAGAAGAACUGAAGGCUGAGGACCAACGGGACGCUGCUGGAUCCAUGGUGGUGACUAUUCUUGCAGCCCUAUCCCGUA